AUGUGGUACUCUUCGGUCGCGGCCGUCCUUGUCGGAGCCCUGGCCUGGGGCGCCCAGGCGCAGGAUGACAUGCGACGCAUAUCGCUGCGAACACACACGCUCGAGCAGCCUUACCUCGACUCGGAUAUGCAGAGCCGAUGGUUCGACUUUGGCGGCGACACGAUUGUGCGCACCGAUUCCUACGUUCGCCUUACCUCGGACCGCCCCUCGCAGAGCGGAUGGCUCUUCUCGCGCGUCCCGCUGACGGCGACGAACUGGGAGGUCGAGGUCGAGUUCAAGAUUUCGGGCAAGAACCAGCUGUUCGGCGACGGUCUCGCUAUGUGGGUGACGCGCCAGCGCGGCGAGAUGGGCCCCAUCUUUGGCAGCAGCGACAAGUUUGACGGCCUGGGUGUCUUCAUCGACACGUACAAGAACAACCGGCCCGGCGUGGUGUUCCCCUACGUCAUGGCGAUGCACAGCGACGGCAGCAAGUUCUACGACAAGAACAACGACGGCAAGGACGCCGAGCUGGCGGGCUGCUCGGCACGCGGCAUCCGCCACGCCUCGGUCCCGACCAAGCUGCGCCUGACGUACUUUCAGGACAAGUACCUGCGGCUGGAGCUGCAAUACAAGAACGAGGACGAGUGGCAGACGUGCUUCGACGUCGACCGCCCCCCGCAGCUGCCCAACAUUGCCUACCUGGGCUUCAGCGCCGAGACGGGCGAGCUCAGCGACAACCACGACAUUGUGUCGGUCAAGACGUACAACCUCUACGCCAACCCCGGCUCGCCCUCGGCGCAGCGCGACAACGCCAACAGCAACCGCGGCGGCCGCAGCUCGUACAGCAACUACUCGUCCAAGGGCGGCGGCUCGUGGACCUGGUUCUUCACCAAGAUCAUUCUCUUCUUCAUCGCCGCCGGUGGUGCGUACGUCGGCUUCACCGCCUACCGCGCCAAGUACCGCAGCCACCGCUUCUAA